AUGAAGCUGGGUCAAGGAGCUGGGUCAAGGAGCUGGAUCAUGGAGCUGGGUCAUGGAGCUGGGUCAUGGAGCUGGGUCAAGGAGCUGGGUCAAGGAGCUGGGUCAAGAUGGGUCAUGGAGCUGGGUCAAGGAGCUGGGUCAUGGAGCUGGGUCAAGGAGCUGGGUCAUGGAGCUGGGUCAAGGAGAUGGGUCAUAGAGCUGGGUCAAGGAGCUGGGUCAUGGAGCUGGGCCAUGGAGCUGGGUCAAGGAGCUGGGUCAUGGAGCAUGGUCAAGGAGAUGGGUCAUAGAGCUGGGUCAUGGAGCUGGGUCAUGGAGCUGGGUCAUGGAGCUGGGUCAUGGAGCUGGGUCAUGGAGCUGGGUCAUAGAGCUGGGUCAUGGAGCUGGGUCAAGGAGAUGGGUCAAGGAGAUGGGUCAAGGAGAUGGGUCAAGGAGCUGGGUCAAAGGAGAUGGGUCAAGGAGAUGGGUCAAGGAGCUGGAUCAUGGAGCUGGGUCAAGGAGAUGGGUCAAAGAGCUGGAUCAUGGAGCUGGGUCAUGGAGCUGGGUCAUGGAGCUGGGUCAAGGAGCUGGGUCAAGGAGCUGGGUCAAGAUGGGUCAUGGAGCUGGGUCAAGGAGCUGGGUCAUGGAGCUGGGUCAAGGAGCUGGGUCAUGGAGCUGGGUCAUGGAGAUGGGUCAAGGAGCUGGGUCAGGGAGCUGGGUCAGGGAGCUAGGUCAAGGAGAUGGGUCAGGGAGCUGGGUCAAGGAGCUGGGUCAUGGAGCUGGGUCAUGGAGAUGGGUCAUGGAGCUGGGUCAUAG